GGAAGAUGACAGCGGUGGACGCUCUGCCUGACAGCGCCGAGGCAGUCGAGAUGGAGGACGCCUCCACAUCCCAGUUCCAGGUGGAGAAACACUCGUGGGAGGGGCUGCGUGACAUUAUUCACGGCAGCCGGAAGUACACGGGAAUGAUCGUGAAUAAGGCCCCCCACGACUUCCAGUUUGUCCGUAAAACAGAAGAGUCAAGCCCUCAUUCCCAUCGGCUGUAUUACCUAGGAAUGCCAUACGGAAGCCGGGAAAAUUCUCUCCUGUACUCGGAGAUUCCCAAAAAGGUACGGAAGGAAGCCCUCCUGCUGUUGUCGUGGAAGCAAAUGCUGGAUCAUUUCCAGGCGACCCCGCACCACGGGAUGUACUCCAGGGAGGAGGAGCUGCUGAGGGAACGCAAGCGGCUGGGCGUCUUCGGGAUCACCUCCUACGACUUCCACCGGGAGAGCGGCCUCUUCCUCUUCCAGGCCAGCAACAGCCUCUUCUACUGUCAGGAUGGAGGCAAAAAUGGCUUUAUGGUCUCUCCUAUGAAGCCGCUGGAAAUCCAGACGCAAUGCUCGGGCCCCAGGAUGGACCCCAAAAUCUGCUCAGCGGACCCUUCCUUCUUCUCGUUCAUCAACAGCAAUGACCUGUGGGUGGCCAACAUCGAGACGGGGGAAGAACGACGCCUGACCUUCUGCCAGAAAGGUUUAUCCAGUGUGCUCGAUGACCCCAAGUCAGCCGGUGUGGCCACUUUUGUCAUCCAAGAAGAAUUUGAUCGGUUUACAGGGUACUGGUGGUGUCCAACAUCUUGCCAAGAAGGACCCGAAGGCUGGAAGACCUUGCGAAUUCUGUACGAGGAAGUGGAUGAGUCUGAGGUGGAGGUGAUUCACGUCCCUUCCCCGGCCCUUGAAGAACGGAAAACGGACACAUACCGGUAUCCCAGAACAGGUAGCAAAAAUCCCAAGAUCGCACUAAAACUGGCAGAGUUUCAAACCGACAGCCAAGGAAAGAUCAUGCAUGCCCGCGACAUGGAGCUGGUGCACCCCUUUGCUACCAUGUUCCCCAACGUGGAGUACAUUGCGCGAGCUGGUUGGACCCGAGAUGGCAAAUACGCAUGGGCCAUGUUCCUAGACAGACCUCAGCAGCAGCUCCAGCUGGUCCUCUUCCCUCCCGCCCUCUUCAUCCCGGUCCCGGAAAACGAGGAACAGCGCCUGGAAUUUGCCAAAGCCGUGCCGGAGAACACCCAUCCCUUCAUCGUCUACGAAGAAGUCACCAAUGUCUGGAUCAACGUCCACGACAUCUUCUACCCCUUCGCCCAGUCCGAGGAGGAAGAGGAAGAGCUGACUUUCCUCCGAGCGAACGAGUGCAAGACGGGCUUCUGCCACCUGUACAGAGUCACAGCCAUCCUGCAGCGCAAGAUGUACGACUGGACUCAGCCGUACGUGCCUAGCAAAGGUGACUUCAAAUGCCCUCUGAAGGAAGAAGCGGCCCUCACGAGUGGAGAAUGGGAAGUUUUGGCCCGACAUGGAUACAAGAUUUGGGUCAACGAAGAAACGAAGCUGGUGUAUUUCCAGGGCACGAAGGAUACCCCGUUGGAACACCAUCUCUACGUGGUCAGCUACGAAUCUCCUGGCGAGGUCGUGCGGCUCACCACCCUGGGCUUCUCCCACAGCUGCUCCAUGAGUCAGAACUUCGAUAUGUUCAUCAGUCACUACAGUAGCGUCAGGACCCCUCCCUGUGUGCACGUUUACAAGCUCAGCGGCUCCGACGAAGACCCCCUCCACAAGCAGCCAAAGUUUUGGGCCAGCAUGAUGGAAGCUGCCAGCUGUCCUGCUGAUUACGUCCCCCCCGAGAUCUUUCAUUUCCGCACGCAGUCCGACGUCGAACUCUACGGGAUGGUGUACAAGCCGCACGACCUCCAGCCUGGGAAGAAGCAUCCCAUGGUGCUCUUUGUCUACGGGGGGCCUCAGGUCCAACUAGUGAAUAAUUCCUUCAAAGGGAUCAAGUACCUGCGGCUGAACACGCUGGCGUCCCUCGGCUACGCCGUGGUGGUGAUAGACGGGCGAGGGUCAUGCCAGAGAGGCCUUAAGUUUGAGGGAGCUCUUAAGAACCAAAUGGGCCAGGUGGAGAUCGAGGACCAGGUUGAAGGUUUACAUUACGUCGCGGAGAAAUACGGGUUCAUCGACCUCAGCCGCGUUGCCAUCCAUGGCUGGUCGUACGGAGGUUUCCUUUCCCUUGUGGGGCUGAUUUACAAGCCCCAUGUUUUCAAGGUCGCCAUAGCAGGAGCCCCCGUCACCGUCUGGAUGGCUUACGAUACCGGAUACACGGAGCGGUACAUGGACGUCCCGGAGAACAACCAGCAAGGCUACGAAGCAGGCUCAGUGGCCCUGCAUGUCGAGAAACUCCCCAAUGAGCCCAACCGCUUGCUGAUUCUCCACGGGUUUCUGGAUGAAAACGUGCACUUUUUCCAUACCAGUUUCUUGAUCUCCCAACUAAUCCGGGCUGGGAAACCGUAUCAACUACAGAUCUAUCCCAACGAGCGACACAGUAUUCGUUGCCCUGAGUCCGGGGAGCACUACGAAAUCACGCUGCUGCACUUUCUUCAAGAAUACCUCUGA